AUGGCCACGCUGCACGUCGGCGACCGCAUCUACCUCAGCGAGGGCGAGGGCGAAGGCGCGCUGCUCGGCGUCGCCGGCCCGGGGAGUGAGCAGAUGGGCGCUUGCGAGGGCGCCGCGCCCUCUGCGCGCUUUGCGAGCGAAUGCGUCUUUGAGGUGCGCCAGCAGCACAACUACGCUGCUGCCAAGCAGAUCCGGGCGCUGGUCGAGUCGGUCGGCCGGUCGGCGCUCGAGCUGGCCGCCGACCCUGCGCACAGACGCCUCUUCGAAGACCGAGAGAGGGAGCGCGAGGCGAAUGCCGCCGCCUUCGAGCGGACUGCCGGCCGCGAGGUGAGGUACGGGCAGGUCAUCCAGCUGCGCAAUGCGUACAGCGGCGCGCUGCUGGCCGUCACGCGGCGCUCGGCACACGUCUCCAAGGAUGCGCGCCGCGUGACGCUCGAGGCGGAGCCGGGUGAGGCCGCGUGGCUUCGCAUCACGCCACGGCUCCGCAUCCACACAGAGGGGCAGCGCGUGCAGCUCGGCGACCCGCUCCUUCUGGAGCACGUCUCCACGGGCCUCAGGCUGCGAGUCGAGCGGCUGGGAAGGCUUCCCGAUGGCCGGCGCGAGCUCUGCGCCGCGGGCGACCCCACGUCGCUCAAGAUCGAGCGGUAUCGCCAGCAUGUGCCGGCGGUGGCCGGCGUUGCGCUCCCUCUGUUUGGCGGCUCGGUCGUCCGCCUGAGCCACAAGGAGGCGGAGGGGUACCUGGGGUGCGAGAUGUCGGCCGCGCUACUCGGGCUGUCGCCAACCGUCGUCCCCGAGGAGGCGCACGUAGCCGCCUCAUGCGCAACCAUGUGGGAGCUGCACAAAGAAGACGUGCGCGACGGCAGCCCCUGCGCCUGGGCGGGCGCCGUGCGGCUCGUGCACACGCCGUCGCGGCGCGCGCUCGCCGUGUCGGAGGAGCCUUUUGCACCAAGCUCUCACCCCGGCGAUGAUGGUGCCGUGGCCAACGGCUGGCGGGCGCUCGCCGUGGUGCUGGAGGCGCUGGAAGAGCCGCCGCUCAUCGACGGAGUGGACGCCUCCCUGUGGGAGUUGGUGCCUCAAUACAGGCAGCGCGAGCAGACCGUGCGAAUGGACGCCUUCUUCAGGCUGCGGCACCGCGCCACCGGGCGGUGGUUGCACCACGUACCGCCCGUCGCCCGCAUUGCCGAUGCCGUCUUUGGAUCCGGUGACAACGACGAGGCAGAGGAGAGCAUCGCCUCGCCACGCCGCAGCGCAGCCGCUCCACCGCAAAGCCCCUCCGUCGAGUCCUUGGCCCCGCUCGACAGCCCCGGUGCCGCCUCGAGUGGAAACCUCAAGCGGCGCGCGAGGCAAUCGACGAAAGGCGAUGAAUCGCCGCUGGAGGCGCUCGCGCGAGACGAGAUGGCUGUCAGCGGGACGGGCGCCGGUGCCAGUGGUUGUGGCGAGCAAGGGGUUCUGACGGCCACGCUGGGCUCGAACUACGAGGACGUCUUUGCGCUCCAGCUCGUCGAUGCCACCCAUAGCGACGACGUGGCAAGAGUCAUAGCGUGGCGCAUGCCCCUCGUCAGUUUUGUCGGCGAGUUGCAGCGCGUGCCGCCUCCGCCGCGCGAGAAGGUCGACUUUGCGCCGCUGCUGGCCGCGCUGACCAACCUCAUCGUCUUUGCCACGCGCUCCGACAACCCGAACCCGCUCACACGCGAGGGACUGCCGCACGCGCACCGGCAGCUUCUGCUACGAGAGCUGGGCGUGCUCGGCCUCGCUCUCCUAGCGGCUGGCGCGCUGCUGAGGCCGCCGUUCUCGGCGGAGCAGCUCAGCUCUGCGGCGACCAACCGCUCGCCGCUCGGACGUGCUGGUAAGCUGUGCAUGAUCCUCGCGCGGCAUGCCCUGCGUGACCAUGCCGCCAACAAGCAUCACGGGCUGCGUUUUGUGCCGCAGCUUCAGAGCAUGCUUGGGCUGGGCAUCCGCGCUGCGGGCGCUCUCACCGAGGUUUUCCUCGACAACGAGGCGCAGCUGCUGCGCGUGGAGGACUCGCACGUCCUCAAGUUUGUCGAGCUGCUGCGCUCCACCGGCCGCGAGGCCAAAUUCCUCUCCUUCCUGACGGUGCUGUGCCAGUGCCGCGGUGUUGCAAUCCGACGCAACCAGUGGCGUGUGGCGCGGCUGUUGCUGCAGGGCGCUCCCGAGCUCUUGCCCAGCCUCUCACCUCCACCUAGCAGCGGCGGCCCGGUGCUCGUCUCCGGCAAUGGGCACUACUUCCCAGGGCUGACUUGCGGCCCGAUGGAGCUCAGCGCUUGGCUCGCAGCCGAGGGCGAGGAAGCGGCCGCCUACCUCGAGAAGUCACUUGAGCUCUUCGCUGCGCUUGCAGAAGGGCGCAACCUGAGAAACGCUCCACUUCUCCGCGAGCGGCUGCCGUACCAGCUCGUGCUCGCGCUCAUCACCGACAAGGAGCUGCAGCGACGGCAUCUCGGCGUCUGCUGCCAAGCCGUCGCCGUUGUGCGCACGCUCUACGUCGAUGUUGAGCCACACGCGCUGAUGGCACGCGCCAAGACGGUUCGUAUCUGGGACAACGUGCCGACAGCAGCUGCGUCGGGCGCACUAUCCUCGCGGCUCACCACGGUGCUGCCGAUCAACUGGAACCGUUUCGAAGGGCUCAAGGCGCAUGCACGCCCGCCCGCCCACUCCGAAAUCUUGCUCUCGUUUGUCUCUCGCUUCUUCCGGCAAGACGCGCGGCAGAUUGCCGAGAACCGAAUGGUGCUCCAGCUGCUCCUGCUGCUCAAAGAGCUCUUGGCCGCCGGCUUCUACCGCUCUGCCGAGGUGGCGCAGAUUCUUCCCAACCUGCUCUCACUUCUCGACGGACGCCAGGACGUGGUCGAUGACUCGGCUGACGACACUCGCAGCGCGCGAUACGAGGCUCGCCGCACCGUCUCACUCGAUACGCUCGUCAUCAUGGAGUGCAAGAUCACGCUGCUGGAGGUGCUGACGACUCUCUGCGAGGUGCGGCUGGACCUGCGCCUCUCGCAGCUGCUGGCUCGAUACCGGAUCGAGUGGGACGCGGGUGACUGGGCCGCCGAGCCCGAGCAGAUUACCUCGCUGAGGACAUCCUCCGUCCGGUGGUCGAAGGGCGAGGAUGAGAUCACGGAGCUUGGUCGGUCAGGCUAUCAACGGCUGGAGGAGCAGCUCGAGGGAUCAGCGCCGCUCUCGCUGCCUGCCUCACCAGACCGCAAAAAAGGCCGUGCUGCGACACGGCGGCAGACAGUCCUGGAGCGCGAGCGGCGCGCCGCCUUUGACCGCCUCUGGAGCGUGCUUUCGUUCGACGGCGGCGGCGACUUUGUCUCUAUCUUGCUGGAUCUCACCUUCUACAAGCACAAGCGCCUCGUCUCGGCGGCGCUGGCGCUGCUCGUACGCCAAUUUGACCAGCGUCGCGUCGUCUCUGACGCUCUGCGACGAGUGCAGCUCCUUUGCAAGCCGGAGAUGGUGCGGCUGUAUGGGACCUUCGAGGAGCUGCUGCGCGAGCUCUCACUCCUCGCGUCGCGCCGUCAGCUCUACCACGACGAGCUCUACCGGGCCGCGACGCUGCUCGGCCAGCUCGUCGCCUACUGCGCAGAGGAGGUGGACGACGCCUCCCAGGACGAACGCUCCCAGUACUCUGGCGCUGGCGGGUCGCGCUCCGGGCGCACCGCGCGCUCGGGCAUCGGACGCUCCGCAAACACCCGCGCCACGCGCACCUCCUCGGAUCACACCGAGGGCAUCUACCUCAUACUGGUCGGCAAGGCUCGUGGCGCGUUCGGCUCAUCGACGAUCACACUGACCGACCUGCAGCACACGCGGCCGCUGCAGGCUGGCGAUCAGCUGCAGCUCGAGGGGAGCAUGUACCGCGUGCAUGAGGCUGGGGGCGCUUCGACCUCCGGCGCCAGCGCCGGCUCGACGGGGCCCACGCUGACCCUCAAUCGGCCGCUGACCUGCACGGGAGUCGUGGCACCGGAGCUCGAGCCAGGCGGAUCUGGCGAGGUCUGGGUGAUGCUGCUCUGCCGGUCGUCUGGCUACAACCUCGAUCUUCAGGUUCUACUUCGUAAUCUCGGCGCGCACAAUCUCGCGCUCCAGCUGCUGCAGCUGCCCAUCGCCGACGAGGAGAAGCCUGACGAGCUCCAGCCGCGUGCCGUGCUGCGCGCCGCGUACCGGCUCAUCAAGGCGCUCGCGUCGGGCUAUGCUCAACUGCAGGCUGAGCUUGUGAGCGCGAUUCCCACCUUCGUUGCUCACGUCGAGAAGAAGCGCGCCGCGCCCCUGCCGCUUCUCGGCUCGCGUCGCGCACUGAGCGCUCCACCUUUCCAUGCUAGGCUGAUUGCUCACGACAUCUCUCCGACCGGCACCAUCUCGGCCGUGCUCAAGAACAACCGCGCAGCCUGCGCGCUCGCCGCCACCGACCUGCCGGCCGCCCCGCCAGCCGAGCCGCCUGCCUCGCGUUCGAGCUCCAAGGCCAGGUCUGGCAGUGGUGCCCGCACCGGCCCGCUGAGCGGCUGGCUCCACAAGCUGGGCGAGGUCGACCAGUCGUGGCGACGGCGCUACUUUGAGCUGACGCCGCACGAGAUGCGCUGGUGGGGAAGCGCCGCUGCCUUUGGUGCGGGCGACUCGCCCGCCGGCCGGCUGCCACUAGCUGGCGUCGCCUCGGUCGAGGCUUGCCCGCCAAGGAGCGGCUCAAACCGCUUUGGUAUCAGGCUGCUCCCGAGGGGCACGCAGCAUGGCCUCACCUCGCUGGGGCUGCUGCAGCGGCGGCUCGAUCUCGAGGCCGAGGGCGAGGACCAGCGGACGGAGUGGGUCGCUGCCAUCCGGACGGCACUGGAGGCGUUGUUGCGUACGUGA